UGGGCCGAUUCUUCGUGGACCCUAGGGUUUUGUUCCGACUCCAAAACCUCUUCACGGGCCGGAGCUCCAAGCCACCAAGCGAAAAUGGCGGAAUCAAUCUGCAGAACUCUUCGAGACGGAGCGCUCGACGGUGAACACGCCCCGGCUCUCACAAUUAAAGACUCCAUCGAUACGCCGUUCGGACCCUACGUCUUCAACCACGUUCUCAUUCAACUAUCCGCCUACAUUUUGGCUGGAAAAUCUCAAUCGCAAGGUCUCGUGAUCGUUGCUUUGUCGCGGAGUCCAUCUUUCUACGUUGAUUUGCUUAAGAGCAGAGGCUACGACGUCGCCUCAUUGCGUAAAUGGCUAAGGGUUCUGGAUUGUUAUUCAGAUCCUCUCGGAUGGAAGGACCGGCUCAUGGAGUGUGGAACCGUUACCAAUAUCUCUGUUGAAGCUUCAGACACAGUGAGGUUGUGUAAGGAUGUCAGAAAUUUGGACAAUUUGUCCUCUUCAAUUUUUGAUCUAGGGAAAGAUGUGGUUGGACAGGGAAAAGGGAGAUUCUCAGUUGCCAUAGACUCGAUAACUGAUUUGCUAAGAUACGCAUCAAUAUCUUCAGUUGCUGCUCUUUUGAGUAACCUUCGUAGUUGUGAUCAAGUUUCUUGUGCAUUUUGGUUAUUACAUUCAGAUCUUCAUGAAAGCAGGGUGACUGCUAUUCUAGAAUACAUAUCCUCUAUGCUGGCCAAUGCAGAACCAAUGACUAAACCAACUCAAGGACUCAGAGGCAACUCAGAGAAUCUCUCUCUGCUUGAACAGAAUUUUAAGAAAGGAAAGCUUCAUGUUCGCUUGAAGCGCAGAAAUGGACGAGUUAGGAUAUUGAGAGAAGAGCUAUGCAUUGAGCAAUCAGGAAUAAAAUUUAGCCCUGUUUAUGGUGAUAGUGGAAUAAUUACUCAAAGUCUUGUGCCAAAGGUGCAAUUUAACCUACAACUGUCAGAAAAGGAGAGAAUUGAGAGGGCAAAAGUGGUGCUUCCAUUUGAGCACCAAGGAACUGGUAGGCCUAUUGAAAUCUAUGACGGUCGGCAAUCACUCAAUGACAGUAGAGUUGAGACUAGCUCUCCUGUUGAGAAAUUGCAAACGCACAAGGAUCCUGCCAAGGGCGAGAUUAUCUACUUUCGUGAUUCAGAUGAUGAGAUGGCAGAUUCUGACGAGGACCCAGAUGACGAUUUGGACAUAUGACACCACUAAUGUGCUUCUCCGCGCCAGAAUUUGUUUAUAAUGUUUGGAUUAAUAUUCACCUUGGCAUUUUCAGGUGGACUACACUGAUAACUUGGGAAAAUUGUGUCUGAAUAGUUAGGGGCAGUUUCUAGGUUGCUUAUUGAAACCAAGGGUUUUCUUUCUGUAAAUCCUUCUUGAUGUUCUCUGAGAAGAAAAAGCUGUUGAUUUCUAUGGACUUUACUGUAGUGCUGUAAUAUAUUCAAGCUGGGUGAUUGUCCUAA